UGCCACGUCUGGUCUCAAUCUCCAGUAUAUAAUCAAACUUGUAAAGUUUGUAAUGCAACAAGAAGAUCUAAUGGGAAAUUCUAAAGAUCAAAACUCAAUGAUCAAGAUUGUUAUGUUUCCAUGGCUAGCAUAUGGCCAUAUUUCCCCUUUCAUAGAACUAGCCAAAUCACUAAUCACAUCCAACAAAAACUUUCACAUUUACCUUUGUUCAACCCCUGUUAAUCUCAACUCAAUCAAAUCAACUAAUCAUUCUCUCUUUCAACCAAACUACGCCGAUUCAAUCGAGUUUAUUGAACUCAAUCUUCCUGACCUCCCACCUCACUAUCAAACCACCAAUGGCCUCCCUCCAAACCUCAUGCCUAAACUCAAGAAAUCCUUUCAAAAGGCCAUGCCCAACUUUUAUCAAAUCCUCCAACGAAUUACUCCCCAUUUGCUCAUUUAUGAUUUCCUUCAAGAAUGGGCUCCAAUGGCGGCCGCCCGGUUAAAUAUUCCGGCCGUCCUCUUCUUCAGCACUGGCGCAGCUACUACCUGUUUCUUCAAUUAUCUCAGAACAGGGGAAAAUCUAGAUUCUUUUCCAUUUAAAGCAAUCUACAUUCGCGACGACAUAGAACAUUCUAAGAUCGAUAAAAUCAUGAAACCAAAUAACAACACCGACCCAUCUCAACCGGUAGAUCUAUGCAUAAAGCGUUCUUGCGACAUAAUCCUCAUAAGAUCAUCUCGAGCGUUGGAAUCGAAAUACAUCGACUAUCUAUCCGUCUUAUGCGAGAAAACAAUAGUACCCGUCGGCCCGCUCAUUCAUCCAACCGAUCAGAUUCAGAAGAAGAUUAAACAAGAAGAAGGAGAAGAAGAAACGAUCAUGAAUUGGCUCGAGGGAAAGCCUAAAUCGUCGACAGUGUUCGCUUCCUUCGGAAGCGAAUACUUCCUAUCGGAGGACGAGAUAGAAGAGAUAGCAUAUGGGUUAGAGCUGAGCGGAGUGAAUUUCAUAUGGGCGGUUCGAUUUCCACGUUCGGAAGCCGUGGUUUGUUUGGAGGAGAAGCUUCCAAAGGGUUUUUUGGAGAGGAAUAGAGAUAAAGGAAUGGUGGUGAAUGGAUGGGUUCCUCAGAGGAGGAUUUUGGGUCAUCAGAAUAUAGGUGGGUUUAUGAGUCAUUGUGGUUGGGGAUCGGUUAUGGAGGGUUUGAGUUAUGGGGUUCCGAUCAUUGCGGCGCCGAUGCAUUUAGACCAGCCGAUGAAUUCGAGGUUAGUGGAGGAGAUGGGUGUAGGGUUUGAGGUGAAGAGAGAUGGUGAGAGUGGGAGAUUUGAGAGGGGAGAGAUUGGGAGAGUUGUUAGAGAGGUGGUGAGUGGAGAGAGAGGGGAGGUUAUGAGGAGGAGGGUGAGGGAAGUUGUAACAGAGAUGAGGAGUAGGGAAGAAGAAGAUAUGAAUGGUGUUGUUGGAGAAUUGAUUAAGGUUUGUUGUAGGAACAGGGGAAGGGGAAGGGGAGGAGGAGGAUAA